CUUACUUCCGGUCAGUGUUCUUGCUGAAAUUUCAAGUGAUAAUUCCUUAAAUAUACAGCAAUGAACAGUGAACCGUCUUUAGAGACGGUUUAUCAAGCGCUUCAAGCACUUUAUCAAAAUCCAGACGUAAAUGGAAAGGAAAGAGCAUCAGUAUGGCUCGGAGAAUUGCAACGCUCGAUGUAUGCAUGGCAUGUAUCUGACCAGUUGUUAAGAGAACAUCAAGGACUGGAAUCCUGUUAUUUUGCUGCACAGACAAUGAGAACAAAGAUACAGUAUGCGUUCCAUGAGUUACCUGUAAAUUCUCACCAGUCAUUAAGAGAUUCGUUGCUGGAUCACGGUGGGAAAUUGAAUGCAGAAUCCCCCCCAGCCAUUGUUACACAGCUAAGCUUAGCUUUGGCAGACCUUGCAUUACAGAUGGCAUCCUGGAAGGACCCCAUCAUGGAUCUUGUUCAGAGAUAUGGAAGCAAUCCACAGAAUUUACCUUUCUUGUUAGAGGUGCUGACAGUAUUACCAGAAGAAGUGAAUAGUAGAUCAUUGAGAUUAGGUGCUAAUAGAAGAACUGAAGUAACAGAGGAAUUUAGAAAAUCCUCACCAGUAAUUCUACAGUUAUUGGAUGCAUGUGGUGAAAGCUGUGUGGGUGAUACAAAGGGACAGAUGAAGAUAUUUAGGUGUCUAGGAAGUUGGUUUAGUUUAGGUGCACUCUCAGAAGAACUGAUUAUUGGAAGUAAACUAGUCACAGCUCCAUUUCAGGCAUUGGUCAUACCAGAAUGUCCUGCCAUGUUACAUGAAGCAGCAACAGAUUGUAUAUGUUCAGCUUUAUACAGUGUAGAGGAUUUAAAGUCACAUCUACGUUUAGCUGAAGCCUUAUACAAUGGCGUAAAGACUUUACCAGAUGCCUACCAUAUGUCUGUAGCACUGGAUGAUACAGAUAAAUCAAUAAAUUAUUGCAGAAUUUUUACAGAACUUGCAGAGUCAUUUUUAGAACAAAUAGUUAACACACCUAAUCAGGGAUUCACUGGAGAUUUAGGAAUUUUAGAUUUAUUACUUACAUGUGUUGGUCAUCAUUUAUAUGAGGUGGCAGAAAUAACAUUUAAUGUAUGGUACAGAUUAUCUGAAGAAUUGUAUCAAAGACAUGAAGAUCCUGCUAUAGAAACAUUUAAACCUUACAUUCAAAGGCUUAUAGUUGCAAUGUGUCGGCACUGUCAGAUGGAUCAAGAUCAUGAUGGUAUUCCAGGUGAAUCUGAUGAUUUUGGAGAAUUUAGAGUUAGGGUAUCAGAAUUAAUUAAAGAUGUCAUAUUUAUUGUUGGUUCAUCAAAUUGUUUUGCACAGAUGUAUGAAAACUUAAAGCAACAAACAGAGAGCACUUCUUGGGAUGUUACAGAGGCCACAUUGUUCAUUAUGACAGCUGUGGCAAAAAAUAUCUUACCGGAAGAAAAUGAAAUAGUACCAGAAGUAGUGAAGGCUAUUUUAUCAAUACCACCAACUGCACAUAUAGCUGUUAGAUACACAAGUAUACAAUUGUUUGGAGAACUUUGUGAAUGGAUAGAAAAACAUCCAGACUAUUUAGAUCCAAUACUACAGUUUUUAUUAGCUGGUUUACAACAGCCAAAGUUAGCUUCAGCUGCUGCUACAUCAGUACAGAGUAUAUCAACCACUUGUAAAGGAAAAAUGAGGGAUCACUUCCAAGGACUUAUAAAUAUAGCACAGGCUAUUGACACACUACAUCUUUCUAAUGAAGCUGUUAUAGGUUUUCUAAAAGGUACUUCAGUGAUAUUAACACAGUUACCAUCGGAGAAAAUAGGAGAGGCUUUAACACAAUUAUGUUCAUUUCAAAUUACGCCUUUGAAUUCACUUUUGACAAAAGCAGAGGAUCAGAAAUUACCAAACCACAUCCCUCAUGGUAGUAAAGAAGAUCCUACAGUAUGGUUAGACAGAUUAUCUGCUAUAUUUAGGCACACCACACCAGUAAUAACCAAUGGUCAGGUCCAUCCAUGUCAGACUGCUGUUCAACAGAUAUGGCCAGUAUUAUCAGAAACCUGUUCUAAGUUCCAGUCAGACAUACGAAUUGUAGAAAGAACUUGUCGCUGUAUCAGAUUUGUAAUACGAUGUUUAGGAAAAAGUUCUGCAUCAUUACUCACACCACUAGUCACACAGAUGAUUUCAUUAUACCAAGUCCAUCAACAUUCAUGUUUCCUGUACCUAGGUAGUAUAUUGGUAGAUGAAUAUGGUCAAGAGCAGUCAUGUCAACCUGGUCUUUUGAAUAUGUUACAGGCUUUCUGUGUCCCAACAUUUAAAAUAUUAGAAGAACACAAUGGUUUACGGAAUCACCCAGAUACUGUAGAUGAUUUAUUUAGAUUAUGUUUAAGAUUUGUGCAGAGGGCUCCAGUCCCUUAUCUCCAGUGUCAGAUGGCCAAACCUAUCCUAUGUUGUGCUAUAGCAGCUUGCCCAUUAGAUCAUAGAGAUGCAAAUGCUUCAGUGAUGAAAUAUCUGACAGAUUUCUUAGCAUGUGCUACAAAGAAAGAGGAGAAACCAGACUUUGAAGUACGGAAGAACUUGGUGAAAGGACUAUUACAAGAACAUGGGUCACAGUUAGUUCAUGCCUUAAUCAAUGCUUGUCUGUUUUGUUUACCUACAUUUAUGUCAGCUGAUAUUGGAGAAGUUUUAUAUGAACUAAUGAUAGUAGAUAGACCGACAUUUUGUCGAUGGUUAGAAACAACUUUGAAGUCUUUACCUACAGAAAGUUCAGGAGGUGUGGUGACAGCCACACAUAAACAGCUCACAGACUUCCAUAAAGCUGUCACUAGUGCUGAGAACUAUAAACAAGUUUCAACAGCUUUAAGAGAAUUUUCAAGACUUUACAGAUGAUAGCUGUUUUACCUCAUAACAACUCUUACAUGUGCAAUCAAAUGAAGGCUUCUUUGUGACAGAACAUUUUCUUAGCCUUACCAUCUAAUUUUCUACUUGAUGUAGUGUUGGGAUCUUGCUCAACAGUAGUGGAUGCUGUAGUGGUCCAGAAUUCUAACAGGAUUUUAAUAACAUUCAAUUAGUUUGCGGUUGAAAGGUAGAAAAUCUAAAUUAUGUGAGUCAGUUGGAGUGGCUUCUGUUAGAACAGUUCGGGAAAAAUAUUGACUCUAAUUAGAUAGGAAGUAGCUUGAUUGUAAACAUUAUUUUGAGAGAGUAUUGACUUGUAAAACUGUGUAAGUGCUUCCAAUUCUGUUUGUGCAUCUACAAGUGGCUUACCUCUUGGUGUUGCAUGGUGCAGUCCAUAUUUGAAGUUUUGUAUGAAUCUCAUUGUGAUGACAGAACUAGAUGAACUGGUUGUAAAAUGAUAGUUAGUGAUAUACUAUGUAUCAAAAUAUUAUAAGAUCAUGAAUAGUUAAUUGGACAUCAGUUAUCUGUUUUUAAUCAUACUUGUAUAGUGCUGUUUAAUUCUAAGAGAUAUUACAAGUUAUUUAGCCUUUCUUUAAUUUUUAUUUGAAAAUAAGAUGAAAUUCACGUUAUUUUCAACUUUGAUUAAAUGUUGAAGCUACAUUGUAGCUUAUUUUCAAAAAAAAACUUUGCCUUGGAUAAGGUUAUGAAUUUCACAAUUGAUAUGGUUAUGACAUUGUUUAUUAAUGCAUAUUUAAAAGUUAUACCACUACAUAUUUGCAUACUCUUUUAUUACUCAACUGAUUGAUUUAAAGGGGAAGGAUUGAGUAUCCAAAAACAAGUUAACUAGUGAAAAGUUCAGGGGCCCAAAAAUUGCCUUUUUGAUGGAUUGCUGCUUUCUUGGGAAAGUCUUGGAUAAUUGUUUUGUUAAAUUCGAUUUGUUUACACUGAUGCUAAGAAGUUGUUAUUUUGUGAAUACUAAGGUUAAUUGAAAGUUCAUAUAUUUGAUAAUACUAUGAACGUGGUAAGAAGAGGUCUAAUUUUUUAUUUCAUUUAAGAUAAUUUUUUAUUAUCCUUUGCUUUUGAAUGUUAUUUAUAUGGAAAAGGUAAUCUUAAAAAAUUCUCAAUAGCAUAAAUGGUAUGGAGAGAUGUUUUCUUUUUUGCUAUUUCAUGAUGUUGCUGAAGCUUAUAUUGCUUGUACAUAUGUGCUUUAAGCAAUAUUUAUCUUUCUUAAAAUUGUUCAAUAGGUUAUAUUGCGUGUACAUAAGAGCUUGAAGCAAUAUUUAUCUUUCUUAAAAUUGAUCAAUAGGUUAUAUUGGGUGUACAUAAGAGCUUGAAGCAAUAUUUAUCUUUCUUCAAAUUAUUCAAUAGGAUUUAACAACAUAUCUUCAUCUCAUGUGUCAUGUGUGUAAAGCACCUAUUUAUUAACAUUGUAUACCAACAUUUUGAAAUAUUAAUGAAUAUUCAACGUCUAGUUGAAAGAAAAUAUUAAUGAAUAUUCAACAUCUAAUUGACAGAAAAUAUUAAUGAAUAUUCAACAUCUAAUUGACAGUAUGUCAUAUAAUGCAGUAGAAUUGCACAGAAUCACAGUUCCUGUUUAUUGUUAUUGUCAUUAUGCAUAGUUUUGAAAAGGAUAAACCAUGUUUUACAGAAUCAGUGUAAUAAUUUCAAAACCAGAGGUUGAGAUAGCUAUCAGUAUGUACUGUUGAUAUCUAUUGUGUUAUAGAAAAUAGGACAUUGCAGAUUUUUAUUAAAUUAAUUUUAUUGCAUGCAGAAAUUUUAAUCAACAGUUACUUAUUAAGCUGUCAUAAUUUUUAAGGAUGAUUGAUUUAAAACCUUUCCAAAUUUGUUUGGAUUUUUUGUAAGAUUAAGGACUGGAAUGGAAACACAAUAAAAUCAUGUUAUAAUAUCAAUUAAACACAAUACAAUUAUGUGAGCAUAACUUAGAAUCAAAAUAAAAUUAUAUGAUCAUAUUGAUGAAACUUUUUAUAAAAUCAUGAUUGUAAUGAUGAAACACAGUAAAUCUUGAUCAUAUUGACGAAACACAAUAAAAUCAUCUUAACAAUUAGACCAAACACAUUAAAGUGAGUGGUCAUAUUGACAAAUAUCGUGAUUAUAAUGAUGAAACACAAUGAACUCAUAAUAAUUUUGACGAAACGUAUUAAUAUUAUGCGAUCAUAUUGACAAAUCAAAAUAAAAUUAUAUGAUCAUAUUGAUGAAACUUAUUAUAAAAUCGUGAUUAUAUUGAUGAAAUUCAAUAAAAUCUUGAUCAUAUUGACGAAACACAAUAAAAUUGUAAACAUUAACGAAACACAAUAUAAUCAUGAGCAAUUUGACCAAACAUAUUAAAAUAAUGUGUUUAUAUAUUUACAAAUCAAAAUAAAAUAGUGAUUAUAAUGAUAUAAUUGACGAAACACAUUAAAGUCAUGUGAUCAUAUUGACGAAACACAAUAAAAUCAUGUGAUAAUAUUGAUAAAACACAAUAAAAUUAUUUAAUCAUAUUGUCACAAUAACACUAUUUGAUUUUGAUUAUAUUGAUAAGUUAUACUAAGUAUAUAUUAUAGAGUUGACAUAGUAAUUACUUUUCACAUGUUUCAGAAAAGGUUGUUGAUAUGCAGACAAAUUAAAAUAUGGGAGAUAACUCUUGAGGUAUUAGGAUUAGAGUUGAGAAUUUAUAUUUGUUUUAAAAAAAUUCAAAAAAUCCCAUAUUUUGUAAUUUAAUGUCUCAGCUUUCAGAUAUCUUACAAACAAAAAAUUACUUGAAAUCAAGGUUACAGUAAUGAAUGAAAGAUUGUUUUUUUUUGUUAAAAUGUGUUUUUUCAUUAAAAAAAAAUGGUAACCUUGAAAUAAAUAAUAAUCCAAAAAUAAUAUUAAAGUGAGUCUGGAUACCCAAUAGAAAUUUUGUUUAUCUUGACUUGCUUGGGAUGAAAAAUAGUGAUCCAUACUUCACAUUGUUUGAAAAUUUUGCUUAUAGUUGACCUCUGUCUUAAGACUUAUGAUUAGUUUGAUAAUACAGAACUUUUCAUGACACCACUUGGUCAUAAGUUCACAUCAGAAUUUAAAUGAUUUUUAUAAAAUGAAAGAGUAAAGUUAAAAACAUAUUCUAAAUUUCAGUUUAAUAUAGUCCAAUCUAAUUAAAAUUAAAUCUUUUAAUGACUCCCCUUCUGAUAUUUUGUGCAUCAAGAACAGGAGCAAUUUAAGGAUUUCAGUCCUAAUUAAGAUCGAUGAUACCAUUUUUCCCCCUGAUUAUCUGUUUUAGUUUUUUAUAGAAUAUUUAUACAUUUUGUUAUAAAUAGAAAUCUGAAAGAAAGAAAAUUACCUCAUAAAAACACUAAGUAUUAAGUUAUAAGAAAACACUUUACAUUUCUAAAUUAAUUUGUCUUUGUCCUUUGAUUAGAAUGUACUUUAGAAUGAACCUAAUUUCUAGAAAAUGUUUUACACAAGAUCAAAGGUAGACUUAAUGACAAUUGUACUAUUGGUGCUUGUAUUUUAAAUGUUGCUAUAUACUGUAUGACUAUGUACAAUAUAAAAUUGGUCAAUGAAAGCGAUAUGUGUAACCAAACGUGUUCAUUUAUUUAAUUGUUAUUUUCAUUGCUAUUAACUGCUUUGUUGUUAGAAAUACACCAGUUUUAGAAAUACACCAGUUUUUUUCUAUUCACAUGUUUAUGGUAACAUUUAUGUUGCAUGUUAGAAUUAUUUAAUUUUAGUCAUUAGAUGACAUCCUAUGUUGUAGCAUGAAUGUGUUUGUAUCCAUUAAAUGAUGUGUAUUUAGUUUAUAACAAAGGUGUUCGUUUGUAUUUUUCAUGGUUCUUUAUGAAUUUGAUAUUUAUAUUUAAUUGGUUAAAGCAGAACAAAUAAAGAUUUUAUAAACCAGAUACAACAUUGCAAGUUAAAAGAUUAUUAAAAAAACCCAAUCGUAUCAAUGAGGAGAUUGAACCAAUAAGUAGAUAUACCUCCAAAAUUAUUUUGUGUAUGAAUUAAUUAUUGAAAAUGACCUGAGAUGAAAUUUCAAUCAACAUAUAUUAAAUACAGUAGAUUAUUUUUUUUAGCAUGUCAAGUAUUUAAGGCUGAUCAUAGGGUUGUCAAAAGUUUAUUGAACUUGCUAAAACUACAAUGACAUUUCAUAUUGAAGGGUUUUCCAAUUUUGAAAGAAAAGCAAAUCUAUAAUAAGAAAAUUAAUUUUUUUAUUUACUAAAAAAAUCAUUACAAACGACAGUGAACCAACACUUGGUAAAAAUCAUUGAUCUUAGGAAGCACUUCAUUGACAUUUGAUGACAGAUGAUAAAUAUUAUAUAUGGAACAACUAAACCAUUUUGCAGAACAAGUUUCAACAUCCUUUGUAUCAUUAUGAAAAUGCUAUAAUUGUUGUUGGCACGAGUAUAACUUAAUCAAUCUAUUUAAAAAAAGAUGAGAAUUCCAUAAAAUGUAUUAAAAAUUUAUAAUGCAGUUGCUGAACAAUACUUGUUUACAAACAUGAUUUAAAAUAAACACCAUGAGUAUGUUGAAAAAAAAUUUGGAAAAGUCAAAACAAUUAACUUCACUUGAAUUUCAUGGAUAAUGACUUAAAUGCAUCAAAGCAUAGGAAUCCUCAUGGUUGGAUAAAAUACUGUUUUAUUUUUAUAAUGUGUGUAGUUAUGAGUGAAUUGCACGUGUAUGUAUGCUUUGUUAAAUGCACUGAGAAUGUGCUUAAUUGUAUUAAUAUGCAAAAUUGUAAUAUAUAUUGCUUUUAUACAUGUGUAAAUAUGUACAUCACUAUUUUAUUGGAAUGUUCAGAUUUGUAAUGAACAACAAAAAAAAAAGUCUCAAAUUGGCAUUACAUGGGGGGAUUGAUAAAAAAGAAAUAAAUGGAUUUGACUCAUCA